AUGCGUUGUCUUAUGCCCCUGGCUCCAUGCUUCAUCUCCUUGAUCACAGCUGCUCCUACCCUGGAGAAGCGAGCAUCUCCAACUGUCUCCUUGGAUUAUGCAACAAUCGUAGGAUCCAGUCUCCUUGGAAUUGAUUCAUUCAAAGGCAUUCCAUAUGCUCAACCUCCAGUUGGAAGUCUUCGACUCAAGCCACCACAGCCGAUUACUUCGAAUUUGGGCACGAUUCAAGCAACGGGCACUCCUCGUGCAUGUCCACAAUUUCUCACUUCGACCAACACCAGUGCCAUACCAAACGAUGUAAUCACCGAGGUAUUGGACACUGGAUUCCUUCAGGCGCUGACAGACACUGGAGAAGAUUGUCUCACUGUCAACCUUCAAAGACCAUCGUCUGCUUCUGCUGGUUCGAAGCUACCAGUGGUUUUCUGGAUGUUCGGAGGUGCUUUUGAGUUUGGAUCAACGCAAACCUAUGAUGCGAGUGAGCUGAUCACUACAUCAGUGACUCAAGGAAAAGAUAUCAUUUAUGUUUCAGUCAAUUACCGUCUUGGUGGAUUCGGCUUCCUCCCCGGAGCAGAAAUCUUGAAAGAUGGCUCUGCAAACCUUGGACAUCUUGAUCAACGCCUGGGCUUGAAAUGGGUUGCCGACAAUAUUGCAAAGUUUGGAGGCGAUCCCAGUAAAGUGACCAUCUGGGGCGAAUCGGCUGGAUCUAUUUCCGUUUUCAACCAGAUGUCACUCUACAAUGGGAACAACACCUACAAGGGCCAACCUUUGUUCAGAGCUGCUGUCAUGGAUAGUGGGAGCGUAGUACCAGCAGAUCCUGUCGACUAUCCUAAAGGCCAAAGCAUUUACGACACUGUAGUGGCGCACGCCGGUUGUGGAGCUGCUUCAGAUACACUUGCCUGUCUUCGAACGGUCGACUAUGAGACAUAUCUGCAAGCAACAACAUCCGUUCCUUGCUUCACCGAUUACCAAUCUGUUGCACUCUCAUAUCUCCCAAGACCUGACGGUGUAGCAUUGACACAAUCGGCUGAGAUCCUUGCCCAGAACGGACAGUACGCCAAGGUUCCGUUCAUUAUCGGAGAUCAAGAAGACGAAGGCACUUUAUUCUCCUUGGUGCAGUCAAAUAUCAGUACAACUGAACAGCUGGUCGAUUAUCUGAAAACAAUCUAUUUUGCAGACGCAACAAUUGAGCAAGUUCAGGACCUAGUUGCGACUUACCCGGAUGAUCCUUCCGCCGGUUCGCCUUUCAACACUGGACUACUCAACAACAUCUAUCCUCAAUAUAAGCGCAUUGCGGCUAUACUCGGAGACUUGACUUUCACGCUCACUCGACGAGUCUUCCUCAACAUCGCUUCAUCUGUCAACCCCUCAAUUCCAACGUGGUCAUACCUCGCAUCCUACGGCUACGGGACACCAAUUUUAGGGACCUUCCAUGCUUCAGAUAUUCUGACAACAUAUGGAAUUACUCCAGACUUUGCAAGUGCCACUAUCCAGAGCUUUUACCUCAGUUUCUUCAACACGAUGGAUCCGAAUGAUGGAACUGUUGGACUACCAACUUGGCCUAAGUGGAGUCAAGGCAAUCAGUUGAUGAAUUUUCAGGCUGUUAGUAAUACAUUGCUUGCGGAUACUUUCAGGAAUGAUAGUUACGCUUUCAUAGCUGCUGCGAAAAGCUCAUUACACAUUUGAAGAGCGUAAGGGGUCAGAGAAUCCGGAGCUCAAGUAUAAUUUAAGAUCUUAAUCGAAG